AUGAAACCACCGAGGCCACCAACCCCUGGACUAGCUCUUCCUCACCGGGCAGAGAUCAAUUCAUCUGACUCUCAGACACAAAUCAUGGACUUUUGGUCCAGGUUACAUUCUCGAACACCGAGACUUGUCACGUCAAUAUUUCCUACAAACCUUCAUUUCCUUCUUCUUACAGACGAUGCUUGUUACCCAAAGCCAUUCAUUAUUUCUCAAAGCUAUGACAUAGCUGCUCGGCAAUGCCAGUCACAGGUUGAAACCAUAGUGAGCCAAUGCAACCUAAGCAAUACCAAAUUCCGCGACACAGACUUUGAUAUCGAAGGUGACUUUGCUACAAGCCAGCAUAAUUACCUCUUCGAUCUCACGACAUGCAUUGAGCAAACUAGCAGACGUGGCAAAGAUCCCUUCGUAAAGGGUUCGCCACGGUCGUCACGCCGGUACUCCAGCCAUAGCAAUAAAGACGAUGACACAUCUCUCCCCGGCUCAGUUCAUCGCAUUUCUUGGAUUUUUGAAAAUCCACAAUUCACUGUAAGUGGAUUCUCAAGCUCAGAUAUUCAGCAGGGAAAUAGCGGUGACUGUUGGUGGCUUGCUGCGUUAGGCACUAUUGCUCAUCGGGAGGAUUUGAUGAACAAGAUCUGUGUAGCGCGAAACGAAGAGGUAGGGGUCUAUGGCUUCGUAUUCCACAGAGAUGGAGCCUGGAUCUCAACAGUAGUUGAUGAUAAUCUUUACCUGAAAGAGCCGGAUUUUGACAAGGAGACAUAUGAUGCUACGGGCAGUAAAGCGAGACAUCACCGCAAACAGAAACAGUCCAACUCAGAAGCUCUCUUCUUUGCCAAGUGUAUAGAUCCAAAUGAGACCUGGCUUCCGUUGCUUGAGAAGGCAGUGGGUUACUUCCCUCUUGACUGUAUUCUCGAUAAAGAACGACUCUGGCGUGAGCUCCUCUCUUGCGGUAUCAUAGGUGGAGAAUUUCUUUUCACAUUGUCGAGUGGCCCUUGCUUUAAGCACCGAAAUGGAAUUGUCUUGAGCCAUACCUACUCUAUCCUCGAGGCUAUCGAGUUGAAGAAGGAGCAUGGCGGCAUGACUCGCUUGGUCAAGAUUAGGAACCCCUGGGGCCAAAGGUCAGAUACUGGCUAUGGCGAGUGGUGUGGUGCAUGGGCGGAUGGUUCUAGGGAAUGGAAUACCUAUACAAUAAAUGCACUUCAACACGAGUUUGGUGAUAAUGGCGUCUUCUGGAUGACUUACGAAGAUGCUAUGGAGAAUUUUGAUUAUAUGUAUAGGACUCGACUUCUACAUCACGGGUGGACUAUGGCACAGAAGUGGAUGAGUACUCUUGUGCCAUGGCUGCCAGGAUUUCUAAAGAAAAAGUUCAUUAUCGAUCUCAAAGACAAGAGCACCGUAAUUAUUGUUCUAUCUCAGCUAGAUGAUCGGUACUUUCCAGGGCUUCAAGGGGAGUACGACUUUACCCUUCAUUUCCUCCUGCGGCCUAUUAUCUCCAAGAUCGAUAUUUGUCGAGUUUCUCCAUGUCAUCUUGGCGACGGUCGAUCGAUUAACUGUGAACUCACCCUGGAGACAGGAACAUACGAGGUUAUCCCAAAAAUCAUCGCUGAAAGGAAUGGCCUCGGCCCUGUGGAGGAAACAGUUAAACUAGCUGCAAGUAGGAAUCCGCAGAAGUUACGCCAAGUUGGGUUGCAGUACGAUCUUGGAUAUGCCAAAGAAGGAGUCAUAGACCCCAGCCAGCAACUGGAACAGCCUCCUCCCAAUGACCUAAGAGCAAAGAGCGCCAACUUGAGGUCUAACUUUUCUCAAGAUAAGAGUCUGGAACAUUGGAGUCCAGUCUGUGUUAUUAGCUUGCGAGUCUAUGCUGAGCAUCCCAACUUUGUUAUCAAUGUUAUAUAG